AUGAAUUUCGUCAAACAGCUGGUGCCCAUUAAGCAUGGGGCAAGGGCAGGCGCAAGCUUCUGUAUUUCUCGUUCGAUUCAUGAAAGCACGGUCGAAGUCAACUCCAAAGAGGAAGAAGUCGUAAUUGCCCUGGGAAGCAAUACGGAGCCCGCCUACGUAAUCGACCAACCCCUUUUCCUCAACUCUGCUAUUCGGGCCAACACAAAGCUCAACCCACAAAAGCUCUUAGAAACCGUCAAAGAGAUCGAACGAGACAUGGGUCGGACGGCCGACAUCAGGAUCCCACACAAGAGAAUGUGGGAGAGGCCUUUCGUGCUGGGCCCCUUGACCGAUGUAUUGGGCCACGACAUGGAGAAUGACGUGAUCGGAUUUUGGAACGACACGUCGGGUUUUUUAGGCGGGGUUUUCGAUGCGUGGGAGAAAUCGGGCGGGGAGUCCAACGUGGGCCCAGGUGGCAUGAGGAGGGUUUUGCCAGUCUCGGGUGGAUUAUGA